AUGACUCUCUGUCUUCUUCUGUUCCUACAAGUACUACGUUGCACGUUGUUUUUGCCGUCUCAUGUAACGGCGUUCACGGUGAUCAUGUCAGAUUCCGGCAUCCCGUCAACCCUGGUAGAUGGUCCACAAACGGGGUUUUCCAUGAACCAAGACGGGGCCCGAACGGAUAGGCGAGAGCAAGAGGCGGUGUACGAUAUCAUGAUAGCCACCGGAAACGACUGGGCCACCGACAUCCCCGACGUGUGCCGCGGUCGCUGGCACGGCAUCGAGUGCAUGCCCGACAAGGCCAACGUUUUCCACGUGGUGUCCCUUUCGUUCGGAGCACUCUCCGACGACACCGCUUUUCCGACAUGCGACCCGACCCGCUCCGUUAUCUCCCCCUCCAUCACACGCCUCCCCCACCUCAAGACCUUGUUCUUUUACCGUUGCUUCAGUUACAACCCUCAGCCCAUCCCAUCCUUCUUGGGCCUGUUGGGCCCAACCUUGCAAACAUUGGUCCUCAGAGAAAACGGCCACAUUGGGCCCAUUCCCGUUGAAUUAGGCAACCUUACACGUUUGAAGGUCCUUGACCUUCACAAAAACAACCUCAACGGCUCCAUUCCCCUCUCAUUGAGCCGGAUCACGGGUUUAACAUCUUUGGAUUUGAGCGCCAACAAAUUAACCGAUUCCAUACCCGGUUUCACAUUCCCCUCUUUGAACGUGUUGGACCUCAGCCAGAAUCUUCUGAUGGGCCCAAUUCCUUCUUCUCUAUGGGACUGUCACUCUCUCAUCAAAUUGGAUUGCAGCCGCAACCGGCUUGUGGGCCCGUUGCCGGAGAAGCCCAUGAUCCUGAAAGACCUUAUGCUUUUGGAUUUAAGCCACAACCGUCUGCAAGGCCCAUUUCCUGAGUCGAUCAAAAGCCUGAGUUCGCUUCAGGCUUUGAUCCUCAAAGGAAACCCAAUGGGCUUGACUACGAUACCCAGUGAUGGGUUUGAUGGUAUGAAAGCCCUGAUGAUUGUUAUUUUGUCGAACAUGAAUUUGCAUGGGCCGGUGCCGGAAUCACUGGGGAAGUUGCAAAACCUUCGCGUGCUUCAUCUCGAUGGGAACCACUUGAAUGGGUCAAUUCCGAGGAGUUUUGGGGCUUUGAGAAACCUUAGUGAACUUAGGCUGAACGAUAAUGGGCUUAGUGGGCCGGUGCCAUUCGAGAGAGAAAUGGUUUGGAGGAUGAAAAGAAAGCUGAAACUGAACAAUAACUCAGGGCUUUGUUACGAUGCACGCAGUAGUAUGGGAGAUACGAUGGACUCCACCUUUGAUUUAGGUAUUGAUUCGUGUGACACAGAAUCUACGGCUCCAGAUUCCAUUACUACACACCAACAACAUCUUUCAUCACUCACCCAAAACUCCGUGUCUUUCCCAACACCAACACCAUCACAUUUCACAUCACAUGCUAUCAAACCUCUUACACCAUCACUCCCAUUUCCCACUUUUCUACUGUUUAUUAUCAUUUUCUUGUUCGUAAAUAAAUAAAUUCAUUAUAGCACUAUACUUCAAA